AGAGCUGUGUCAGACAAGCCUAGCAACCCGGCAGCCAUGGCGUCUUAUUUUGAUGAGCACGACUGCGAGCCGUUGAACCCUGAUCGCGAGGCCCGCAACAAUAUGUUGCUGGAGCUCGCGAGGAGAGUGCGCGGGGCUUGGAGCUGGGCCCCGGGCAGCAGAUCACUCUUUAAUAGGAUGGACUUUGAGGACUUGGGACUGGUAGACUGGGAACACCACCUGCCUCCACCAGCUGCCAAGGCCGUGGUAGAGAGCCUCCCCAGAACGGUCAUCGGUAGCGCCAAGGCUGAGCUCAAGUGCCCUGUGUGCCUUUUGGAAUUUGAGGAGGAGGAGACUGUCAUUGAGAUGCCCUGCCAUCACCUCUUCCAUUCCAACUGCAUUCUGCCCUGGCUAAGUAAGACAAAUUCCUGCCCCCUGUGCCGCCAUGAGCUGCCCACUGAUGAUGAUAGUUACGAAGAGCACAAGAAAGACAAGGCUCGGCGGCAGCAGCAGCAGCACCGCCUGGAGAACCUCCAUGGAGCCAUGUACACGUGAGGCACCAUCAGGGCUGUGAGCUCGGCCUCUGUGACAUCUAUGCCCUUUUGCACUUAGAGUCUUCAUUAAAGGUUUCUUUACCCA